AUGGGGGUCCAGGAUACGCUUUUCCGCUCCAGUGACAUGUCACUGGUGCAGUUGUAUGUGGCUACGGAGAUUGGACGGGAAGUUGUAUCUGCCCUCGGCGAACUCGGGAACAUCCAGUUUCGCGAUCUAAAUUCGGAUACAAAUGCCUUCCAACGGACCUUCACUAAAGAGAUCCGGCGGCUCGACAACGUUGAACGACAGCUACGUUUUUUUGCGACGCAGAUGGAAAAAGCAGGAGUCACCGUACGACCGAUCCCACGAAACGAGAAUGUUACCGCAGCUCCCUCUGCCCACGAAAUCGACGACCUCGCCGAUCGAUGUGAACAACUCGAAAAACGAGUCUCAGAGUUAAAUGAGAGCCAUGAGACUCUACAGAAACGCUGGGUAGAAUUAAUUGAGUGGAGGGCUGUUCUAAGGGAGGCGGGAUCUGUAUUCGAGCAUGCUUACGGUCAGGUCGAGGAAAUACGACAAACUGGUGAAGAUGAUGACACUGCGCCCCUUCUUGACAACGAUAUGGAACAGAAUGUGCACCAAGCGGGCGAACAGCAGUCAUUCUCUGUCAUGAAUAUUGGGUUUGUUGCAGGUGUUAUUUCACGGGACCGAAUCAAUGCCUUCGAGCGCAUUCUCUGGAGGACUCUCAGGGGAAACCUCUACAUGAACCAAUCGGAGAUGGCAGAUAAAAUCGCCGAUCCCCAGACCGGCGAAGAAACUGAUAAGAAUGUCUUCGUCAUCUUCGCUCACGGAAAAGAAAUUGUCUCGAAGAUUAGGAAGAUUUCGGAGAGCUUGGGAGCAGAUCUCUACCAGGUUGACGAAGAUACCAAUAAUCGUCGUGAUCAAAUUCUUGAAGUCAACCAAAGAAUCGAGGAUUUGAAUUCCGUUCUCCAAAACACAAAGCUCACAUUGAAGGCGGAACUUAGGAUGAUCGCCGCUCAGCUGGCGAGCUGGAUGGUCGUAGUAAAAAAGGAAAAGGCUGUUUACGAGGCCCUAAACAAGUUCAAUUACGAUCAAGCUCGAAAGGUUUUGGUCGCAGAGGGAUGGUGCCCAAAGAGCGGGCUUCCUUUAGUCCAACAUACUCUCCGCGAAGUCAACGCCCGCGCGGGAUUGCAAAUGCCUUCUAUAAUCAACGAGCUGCAGACGAGCAAAACUCCGCCGACCCACUUCAAAACGAACAAGUUCACAGUUGCCUUUCAGGGCAUCAUCAAUGCGUACGGCACUGCAAAAUACCAGGAAGUCAACCCCGGGUUGCAAACCCUUGUGACCUUUCCCUUCUUGUUUGCUGUGAUGUUUGGAGACCUUGGACAUGGAUUUUUCCUGGUCCUGGCAGCUGUUCUUAUGAUUCUCAAUGAGAAGCACUUGGACGGCCGAAAAAUCCAGGAAAUCUUUGAUAUGGCGUACUACGGUCGGUACCUCAUGUUGAUGAUGGGUUUAUUCUCACUUUUUACCGGUCUACUAUAUAAUGAUAUAUUCUCGAAGCCGCUCUUCAUAUUCCCCUCUAUGUGGGAAUACUCGGUACCCGAAGACUGGAAGGAGGGAAUGAAGGUUACAGCCCAUAGAGUCGAGGGUUAUACAUAUCCAUUUGGUGUCGACUGGAAAUGGCAUAGCGCAGAAAACAACCUUCUCUUCACAAACUCCUUUAAAAUGAAGCUCAGUAUUAUAUUAGGUUGGGCGCAUAUGACUUAUUCGCUCUGCAAUGUUUACGUCAACGCCAAAUUCUUUCGGAAACCGAUCGAUAUCUGGGGUAACUUCCUGCCCAGUAUGCUGUUUAUGCAGUCCAUUUUCGGAUACCUCGUGGUCACUAUCAUCUACAAAUGGUCUGUUAACUGGCAAGCAAGUGGAGCACAGCCACCCAGUAUUUUGAAUAUGUUAAUCAAUAUGUUCCUCAGCCCUGGCAAUAUCACCGAUAGGCUAUAUGCCGGGCAAGAAGUCGUACAGACUAUUCUUAUCAUGAUUGCAGCAGUUUGCGUUCCAUGGCUUCUUCUCUCGAAACCUUUAUAUCUAAGAUGGGAAAACAAAAAACAUCGGGCUCUAGGCUACAGAGGGCUAGGGGAACACAGCAGAGUUAGCGCUUUGGAUGACGAGGGCCGGGAUAGCGCUGAUGGGAAUGGACAUACGUUAGGAAGAGAGAGCGCAGAUUACGAUGGUACCGCGGUGGCGCUUGUUGCUGAGGAUAUCGAUGGUGAGGAAGAGGAGGAGUUCGAUUUUGGGGAAGAAAUGAUCCAUCAAAUUAUCCACACUAUUGAGUUUUGCUUGAACUGCGUAUCGCACACCGCUAGCUACCUCCGGCUCUGGGCCUUAUCCCUAGCACACGCACAGUUGAGUCAAGUUAUGUGGACUAUGACUCUCGCGAAUGGGUUCGCCGGGUCGGGCACGUUAGGUGUUAUCAUGGUGGUGGUUACAUUUUAUAUGUGGUUUAAUCUGACGAUUGGUGUACUCGUCAUCAUGGAAGGCACUGGUGCUAUGCUCCACAGUUUGCGUCUUGCAUGGGUUGAGAGUAUGAGCAAAUACUUUGUGGGUGAAGGUAUACCAUUCGAACCAUUCAGUUUUGAGCUUCUAUUAGAAGAGGAAUAG